AGAAAUCAUUAUCAACUCUGGGGAUUUUUUUCGUACCAAAACUCGUACGGUACGUACCUCGUACAACUUUGAACAACUAAUAAAAACAGUCGAUACAUCGAACAUAAACAAAAAUAGCAUUGGGAACAAACCGUACUUGCUAGUGUUCCCGAGCAAGAGUAGAGAAUCACAUCCAGCCCGCAAUCGGCUUGUCUCUAGGGCGAAGCAACGUUAAAGAACCAACGCAGAAUCAAUUAAUCAUGGGCAAAAAUAAAAGCCGUCGGAGCAAUCGAGACGACACCAGCAGAAGCGAUGCAUCGGUGACAUCUUCGGUUGGCGGAGAUGAUCAUCGGGGGAAAAAUACCAAAUCAAAACGCAGUAUAAGGAUAAAUUUUUUCUUCCACUGGCUUCGUGAAAAACGGCAAGGAAUUCUUUGGAUUUUGGGUUGCAUACUGGUGGGAGGAUUGUUUGGCUUUGGAUUCGGCACCGGUUGGUUCUUGGGAGAAUAUGGCAAGAAUCCUAGUGGAUGGAGAAUAGUUUUGGGGGGAAAGAUUCGAUCCAAUUCUAUUUACAAACGCACUAUCGCACGCCUCCCAACUAUUGGCAUUUCGGAGAACGAAACGAUUAGGUCUGUCGUGGGCGUCACGGGCAGCAUCCUAGGAAUAAUCCCUAUUUUUUCUGCAACCCACGACAAGUCUAGAAAUCUCGACCCAUUUUCUUUCGGUGCUCCUCCGGUAGUGGUUCGAAGGGUCUCUUCUAAUGAAUUGAAAAGCAACCCAUCGCAUCCCUAUGUGUACACGGUAUUGCGGGAAGCCAUCGCCCGAGAAAAGGGCGGAUACGUGCAUCCGGAUCUAGGGAUCAUGGAGCCAGCACCGUGCGGUGCCGCGCGGGGAAUCGGCAUGGUCCGGAACCUCUACCACAGGUGCCAAACGAAAUGCCUUCCUGGGAUCGCCGAAGAAAAAUUAGAAGCGAAACGAAAGCUGCUGCAGGAAGAAUCAGAACAGUCUACAGAGGAAGGAGAGGAAAGCGAGCGCCAUUACAGGCAGGAAGAAGUAUUGAUUCGGGUACCCCUUUCCUACCAAAUGACUCGAAAAGUAGCUCUAGAUACGCUCAUUCCCCGUAUCACAUCCGAGCCAAUACAUAAGACACUGCACGAAUUGGACGAUGCUACUUUGUUGACAUUAUUGUUGGCACACGAACGAGGUGUCGGUCAGUUUUCUCGAUGGUUGCCCUAUAUCGCCAGCCUUCCACAGGAACCCAGCUGUGGCUAUUCCCAAGGUCACCGGCCCCACCAAUUGGAUUCGAUAAAUGCGCUCCGCGACAACCUCGGCUUAGAGGUCGAUGGGUGGCCCGGUGAAUUGCUACGGGCGUCCGAAUACUCAGAACGGAUUGUUGCUCAACUGGCAAACGACUAUGGGAUAUUUGUAAAACACCCGAAGGACAAAUCGCCGAAGGCCAACCUCAGGUGGGCACUCUGCCAGGUUGCCAGCCGUGCCAUCGGAGGUUCCCAAAAAUACGGAGCCCUGCGCAUGGUGCCCCUCAUGGAUAUGCUGAAUCACGAUUUCCACGCCGGUGGCUUUGUAGAACUCACAGGAAAAGAGCGUCUCGAAAACGGAGACUUUAUCGACGCCACCAACCAAGAAACCGACGCGGGUGCAUUUGUGAUUCGGAGCCUGCGUCACGGCCGCCGAAAGGCACUGCGGGUGGGCCAAGAAUUGAUGGUCAAUUACAAUGUACCCCACUAUUCGGCGUUGGACUGGAUGGUGUCUUCCGGCUUCGUUCCACCGGAACGGUACCAGAACUGGCAGAAGCUCGAUGCCCCCCUCCCCAGGAUUCGGCGAGAUGGACCGUUUGCAGGCAUCCACGACAAAGGGAAAGAAAAAAAACGACGGCAAGAGUCGACUUUCUUUGCCGGAUUUACCAGUAACAAAGCAUAGAAUAAGUUUCCAGAUACUAGAACGACCAUCCCAUAAGUCAUUUCAUUCUAUUCUAUUGUCAGCAGUUAAAAACAUGAGAAUGUGUGAAAAAUAAGCUGUGGACACACAA